AGUAGCUGCGGCCGGCGGGCUGGCGCCCUCUCCCAGUGUGGUUGCGGGCAGUGGGCGGUGACCGCCCCCCCAUGCGAGCCGCCGCGGGGCGGCCUCCGUUAGUCUCCUGCGGAGCCGGGAAAGCGAAGCCGCUCCGGGACGGUCUCUGACUCUCGGGCCCCAAGGCAGGUCAGAUUCUGAGACACAUCAUGUCCAAUUUCGAAGAUGCUGACACGGAAGAGACAGUAACCUCUCUCCAGAUAACUGUUUACCAUCCUGGCCAGAUGCAAAGUGGAGUAUUCCAAUCUAUAAGGUUUUAUAACCGAGAAAAACUUCCCUCCAGCGAAGUGGUGAAAUUUGGCCGAAAUUCCAACAUCUGUCAUUAUACCUUUCAGGACAAACAGGUUUCCCGAGUUCAGUUUUCUCUGCAGCUGUUUAAAAAGUUUGAUAGUUCAGUUCUCUCUUUUGAAAUAAAAAAUAUGAGUAAGAAGACCAGUCUGCUUGUGGACAACAAGGAACUGUGCUACUUAAAUAAAAUAGACCUGCCUUACAGGUGCAUGGUCAGAUUUGGUGACUAUCAGUUCCUGAUUGAGAAGGAAGAUGGAGAGUCAUUAGAAUUUUUUGAAACUCAAUUCAUUUUGUCUCCAAGAUCACUCUUGGAAGAAAACAACUGGCCACUACAGAAGCCCAUACCUGAGUAUGGCCAUUAUCCAUCCUGUUCUACCCAAGACACUUUUCCUACAGAAAUCGAUGAAAAUGAAUUGUGAACACAGAGGACUAAGAGGAGAAUCAUGACGGAUGAAGAAAUCUGUAGACGUUUUAUAGAUAUCUCACAGUUUAUAAGUAUAUUAUUGUCAUCUCUUGUCAAAUUUGGUAUCUCUUAUUACCGUUUUGAAGUCUGUAAAUUCUAUUAGUCAUCGAUUUAGUCAUCUGUUGCAUUCCUAGAUGUAUGAAGAAUUAAGUAUAUUUAAGUGUACCUCUGUGAGCGUUCAUGUACAAAAAGUGUCCUUGGUGAUGAAGGAAUAAUGUCCUCAAAAUAGGUUGUAUUAUUUUUUUAUGUUUGAUUUUAGUGCUGUGUUUUGUAAGGAACCAUCUCUUGGUUUGGUCAUAUUAUUUCACAAGCAGCCUUUUGUUUUCAAGGUUAAGGCUACGGGCGGGGUUGUUACUGGUGGUGUAGCCUGUUGGGACUUGCAGUGCUAGAGUACUGCAGCACAGCAUGAUUUUUGAGCAGUGUUUUGGAGCAGUGUCUAUGCAUCAUUGUCAUUUUAAUAUCUGAAGCCUUAUUUGAGCCAUAAUACCUUUUCUAUGAUUUCCUUUUUGUAGAGCUAUAGUGUUUGUUUCCAAAAAUAGUUCUUGUCUAUAUUCAGCAUCUAAAGCCAACAUUUUAGACAUUUUAAUGAACCAUUGCUAUGUUUAGAAUGUUUUUUCAGUUCUUUUUACCAAAUAUUAAAUUGACUUUUAUGUACUACAUACUUUUAAAUUCUAUGAAUUCAAAAUUUUAACAGCAUCCAUGCACAUAAUAAAGUUGAAGUUUAGGGGCACCUGGGUGGCUCAGUCGGUUAA